AUGUCCUAUGACCGCUAUGUGGCCAUCUGCAAACCCCUGCAUUAUGUGGCCAUCGUGAGCAGCAGAGUCUGUUAGAGGCGUUUUUGCUCUUGGGUGGCGGGAUUGUUGGUCAUAAUCUCCCCACUCAGCCUGGGGCUAAAUCUGAAAUUCUGCGACUCAAACGUUGUUGAUCAUUUUCUCUGUGAUGCUUCUCCUCUCCUCAAGAUAUCAUGUUCCGACACCUGGUUCAUGGAACAAACUGUUUUCAUCUGUGCUGUGCUGACCCUCAUUUUGACUCUUAUGUGUGUGAUUCUAUCCUAUACGUAUAUCAUGAAGACAAUUUUAGGAUUUCCAUCUGCCCAACAAAGAAGAAAGGCCUUUUCCACCUGUUCUUCCCACAUGACUGUGGUUUCCAUCACUUAUGGCACAUGCAUGUUCGUCUAUACGAAUCCUACAGCCAAGGAAGAAGUGACUAUUAAUAAAGUGGUUUCACUACUCAUUUCUUCCAUUUCACCUACGUUAAAUCCUUUAUUUAUACACUGA